AAGAGACAGUCGGGGGCUCGAUCGGGCUUACAUUGCUAUUCACUUUAGUUGGCGGCUCCUUUGAACAUCAACUGAUCUGAUCGAGCCUCACAUUCAGCAUGUUGACCGAUCAAAUAGUGGCCCAGUUCAAGGAGCACCCAUACCUGUACUUUACCUGGGCGACCGUCAUCCUCAUCACCAGUCGUGCACUCUUCAACAGAUAUGGCCGAGGAAUCAGUCAUAUACCAGGCCCAAUCCUGGCCUCUUGUACAGAUCUAUGGCGUGUGUUUGUCGUUUGGCAGCGACGGCCUGAACUGGAGCACAUCAGACUACACCAAAAGCAUGGUCCACUGGUCCGACUUGGUCCUCGAGCAGUGUCAGUCUCCGACCCAGCGGCGAUCCAAACCAUCUACGCCUUGAACUCCGGUUUUAUCAAAUCGGAGUUCUAUCCUGUACAGCAGACAAUCGCCAAGGGUCGUCGGCUCUUCACCCUGUUCACCUCUACCGAUGAGAAGUUCCAUGCCAAGUUAAGGAGAGCCGUCAACAAUGCCUAUGCCAUGAGUACGCUGGUCCAAUUUGAGCCGUUGGUUGAUUCGACUAUACUGGAGUUCUUGAGUCAGCUGGAGAAGCGAUUCGCCGAUAAGUCUGGACCCGAGGGUGUUUGUGACUUCAGCAAGUGGCUGCAAUACUAUGCGUUCGAUGUGAUAGGCGAACUUACCUACUCGAAACGUAUAGGCUUUAUUGAGAAAGGAGGGGACGUUGACAAUAUCAUCAAAGAUCUUCAAUGGCUGCUCAACUAUGCCGCCGUGGUCGGCCAACUCCCCAUCCUCGACAGUGUAUUCCUCAAGAAUCCACUACGUUUGACCGCGAGUAAAUACAACCUCUUGAACGCCAACUCUCCUGUCGUGACCUUUGCAAGAGCCCGCAUCGCCACUCGGCCUGAUGUUGCGGAAGGUCGAGAAAAGAUUCCAAAUGGUCCUGAUGGAAAGCCUGGGCGUAGGGACUUCCUGUCGAGAUUCUAUGAAGCUCACCGGAAAGACCCUGAAUUCAUGACCCACGACAGAGUCCUGGCCUUGACGGUCGCAAAUAUGUUUGCGGGUUCAGACACCACAGCUAUCACGCUUCGUGCCAUAUUCUACAACCUCUUGAGAAACCCCCAUGACAUGCAGAAACUGAUGGGAGAGUUGAAGGAAGUGCCCGUAAGCGAAGAAGGCUUGAUGAGUUGGAACGAUGUCAGAGAUCUCCCGUAUCUCAAUGCAGUCAUCAAAGAAACGCUGCGGUGCCAUCCAGCGGCAGGACUGACCUUGGAGCGGAUUGUACCUGCCGGAGGAGUGACUCUCUGUGGCGAGUAUAUCCCAGCAGGGACCAUCGUGGGCUGUAAUGCAUGGACGGUGCAUCGGGAUCCGCUAUUUGGAGAGCAUACCGAGCAGUAUCGUCCUCAACGGUGGAUUGAUGCGUCUACUGAACAGAAACGACUCAUGGAGAAUUCGAUUUUCUCUUUCGGGGCCGGGUCACGGACUUGCAUUGGCAAGAAUAUCAGUCUGUUGGAGAUGUACAAGCUGGUACCGGCUCUGACGAUGAGAUUCGAGCUUGAACUCGCCGAUCCCUCAAAGCCAUGGAAGCUUCAUAAUGCUUGGUUCGUCAAGCAAGAAGACUUCAAAGUGCGAUUAAGAAGCCGGAAAAGUUCAUGAAUUUGCAACAGGAGUAUAGUGUUCACACCGUUAUCAUCGUGUCUCAAUGUUCCUUUCGGCCUCACGCUCUUUGGAAGCGACUCUCCACGUGACAUUACAUCAAGUACUGUGGUAGAUCCCUG